GUUUAGUUAAAAUAUUUGUUACAAUUAAGCUUUCAGCGACAGGAAGUGAUGCCUGGCAGCCAGAAUGAGUGGACUGCUAAACGAUAUCCAGCGCAUCAUCGGCGAGCUGCAGUCGGGGAAGCCAGCCAGCCGCAACAAGGGCAUUGAGCAGCUGGACGAAAAGCUCUCCAACUGCCGGGAGGAUCUAAAUACGUUGUUCCUGAACAAGAAAUAUGACUUGUCUUGGACCGAAGUUUUUGAAGCUACGAAGGAGGCUCUCUUUAAGCACGCUGGAGCCCUGGAGGAUGCCAAUGAAAAGUCCUUCAAGACACUGGCAGGAAAGAACUAUUUGUACGACAAUGUACUCGAAAAGAUCACCCAAUUCAACUUGGAAGCUGGAAUGCAGACCUCCGGAAAUGGACACUUUCUGGCCAAGACAACCAUCUUCAAUGCAUUUGAGGAGGGCAUCAAGAUGAGGGUGGUGGUGAAGUUCUUUGGAGACAGGAUCCUCAGCCUGCUGGACAGGGCCCUUUACUCCUCGCCCAGCUAUGUGCGCGAUCUGAAGAUCAACGAGUACAGCCGCAUCCUCUCCUACCUUUUUGAGUUGAAUGUGGAAAGAGAUGAGAACCUGCGCACCAAGAUACUGAAAUGCAUCACUAGGACCGUCACUUUGGGCAAGGAUCGGGUUCAAUUGCAGGCAGAUCUAGUGGACUAUUUGCCCGAACUAAGCAACUUUGCACGCUGCGCACUUGGAGCCAGAAAAAUAGAGAUUGUUCGCCUUUAUUUAGUAUUCGCCUCGGAGCUCUCCGUUAACUACCAUCACCAAUUGAGCAUUCAUGCUCAGGACAUCCUGCCCAAGCUGUGCGAGUUCCACGACGAGGAUGUCUUCCGCGACGACACCAGGAAUCUGUUCUUCCAGUGCGUCACAAAGUCUCUGCAUUCCUUGUAUCCCAAAUUGGAUUUGUGUGAUUUUAACACCCUAGGUGUUCCUAUACAAGAAAAGUGGCCGCAAACUUUGUUGAGGCUAAAAACCAUAGUCAACGUGGAGAUCCGCAAGAAUUCUUUGGCUCGCUACAAGUCCGCACAACUGAGCAAUGAUAAGUUCUCUGAGCCCUUUAUCAAGAUGUCCGCCUUGGUCAUGUAUAUCGUUCUGUGGCACCUGGAGACGAAGAAGAACGAUGAAAAUGGUGAAGGCGAUGCGCCGAAAAAGAUCGCAAAGCCAGCUGAUAAAAUGGAUAUUAUAUUUAGCCUGAUCGACAAAAAAGACACACUCUUUAAUGACGUCUGGUUUGCCAUCUUCGCGGAGCUGCUCCAGCUGAGCGGCGUACUCCUGAAUGUGGCCAACUACCAGCAGGCGCUUACCACAGUGGCAGAAAUUAUGCAAAUAUAUGGCAAUGCAAGGAAUCUGCGCAAUCUUCGUUUAUGUCUGACGAGUCUCCUGAGCAAGGAACAGGAGCUUUUACAGUCGAAAUCCAUAAAGGAGGAUUUCCUGGGCGAACUUUGGAGUCAAAUGGUGAACCAUCUGAUCUCGGAGACCACCACCAACAGUGAAGAGAUCAAGGAAAAGCAAUUGGUACUACAAAUGCUGAUCAGACAUAACAAACUGAAUCAAAAGAUGGCCAGCACUCUGCUGCACAAUAUUACCACCAAUGAAAUGUUAAAGCGAAACGAAUGCUUUGCGACAAUUCGCGAGAUCUUCAUUCAUGCAGACAAGUGCGGUCAGGAUAAAGCCUCCGCGGAUCUGGAGCCCAUCAUAACUUGGGCCUAUGGCAGUGGAGACCGAAAUAGUGCCGCCCAGUUGAUACACAAUAUAGCCAGCAUAGAUUCACGGCUACAGGCGGAUACCUUUGCGAUUAGUAUUAUAAACUUUCUGGACGAGCAGCAGUUGCAAGAGAUUUCCCGUCCAGAAUCUAUGCCUGUUUCCAUCGAACAUAAUCUCUUGGCCUACAAGUACAACAAGCAACUGAUUUGCAUGGAUAAGGAAUUCGCGGCUCCCUUUAUGUCAACCACUCAGCUGCAGAGCGAAACGAAGAAUUGUUUGUUCCAAAGCAAUUAUGAUUGCCUCAUGCGUGGCCUGAACUUUCAGAUAGCCAAGGAAAAUAAUCCCUCAUCAAUACUAAAGAACCUAAAUAGUCUACUAAGAUUGGCCUGCACAAUGGAGAGGCUUUUGUAUUACAAGGUUUUUAGUGCCGAAAACUUUACUAGCUGUCCUCUGAUCAAAAGAAUUGGUCUGUACCUAAGCCACAUUGAGUUUCAGUACAAGGCGAACAGCCCUGAGAUGCUAGAUGAAAGUGAUUUGCGCGAGAUUUUGCGCCUGGAAAUCGAUGUACUUGAAGUGUUCAGAACGAAUUCGGUUCUACUUAAUUAUUUGGAAAGGCAACCCCUGGAAAUGUUGAUAGAAUUCGUUGGCGCUGCACUAAAGCUGCAUUGUAUGCAGAGGGAGCGAUCAGAAAAUGCUGAUCAUAUGACAAUCACCGCUCAGUGCCUAAAGAUUUUAGCUGGCCUAUGUGCCAGCAGUUCGCAUCGGGACGAAGCAUUUGAACACAUAACAAAGGUGACAAUGCGUUGGCAUCCUCCAGAUGUUCUCAUUGUGGCCAAGAUCUUCUGCAGCUGCCAGUCCAUUUCCGAUGCAUCCAGCAUUUGGUUAGUCAACAAACUAAAGACACUUUUCCAGCAUCAUCAUCAGGACUUGGAUGUUAUUGAUAAAGUGGUUGAUCAUAUGCCCACGGUUUUUAACUUUGUCUACAAAAUGGAACAUCACUUGGACGACAUGCUUAUGGCCCUUAACUCUCUACUGAGGAUUGCCCUUAAGAAGUCCUACACAUCCCAUUUAACGGCGAAAAUUGUGCGUUGCGUGGGUUUGAUUGCCCAGCGAUGUUCGGACAUUUACCUGCUGGAGAACUUUACUGUGAUAUGCAAGUCCACUGCGAAAUUCAUCACUAUGCCUACUUUGGAAGUGCGCUUUGCCACACUCUUUACAUUCACUAUUCUGUUGCACACGAAAUGUGUGACUAGCGAUGCCAUCGGGCACUCUCAAACUCACUGGGAUUUCUGCCAGGAGCUCUAUAACAGCAUCGAGUUCAAGAAGCUUACGUACAACAAUGAGGAUGCUACUCAGAACAGCAAUUCGAUAGUUGUUCAAAUGCUAAUUGCCUUCUUCGUGCGCAGCUCGUUUCACCAAGAGAUUGCACUGAAGGAGCUGAUGCACCAUUGCGCCCUGCACAAGCCAAAUGAAACGGAAUUUAUUUCCCUGCAAAGUAUUGUUCCCGGCCAUGGACAAACUAUGCGUGAUCUUAUUCAACCCUUUGCCGGCGACCUUCUUCACAAGUGGAGCUCACAUCGCUGGCCCAUUACCAAGUUUCCUUAUUAUCUGUGUUAUGCAAAGAGGAGCGAAUUUCGCCGAGUCCAUGCGAAUGAAAUUAUGGCAUAUACAUUCCUCUAUGGAAAAACCGAGGAUAUAGAACGAUGUAGUAAAUUAAUUAGCGAGGAUCUUGCCCUUCCUAUUGUGGCAUCGUUUUUACUGCCAAAAACCUGUUGCUGCAGCGAAAGCGAGGGCAAAGACUUUAAGGAUCACCAUCAUCUGUUGGCGGAGAACCUCAGUUACUCGCAACUGAAUGCCACAGAUGUAGACCUCAAUGUGGACACCCUUUGCUUUGUGGUCAGCUUACUUUACGAUCCACAGGAAAUGAUGAGAUUGCUGGGAUCCUUUGCGCCGUGCAGCAGAAUUAAAAGCUGGUAUAGUCUGACUAAAGAGUCGCUCUUCAAUUGUCUUAGCUGGCAUAUUGAUCCUAAAAAGACUUCUUCAGGGGACAGUCGAUUGCAGUCCAUGACCACGCUUCAAAUCAAACAUUCUCGUAUAUUGGUCGACCUAUUUGGUCGCUUGAAAGCCGAUUGCUUCACUGCUUCCUUCUCCGGUCAGGCUUUGCGUGCGUUCUUCCUUUAUUGCGAAAUUGCAGAUGCUGUCUACGACGCAGCCCAAAAAAAUGAGACCAUUGUGACCCAGUGUUCCUACUUUGUUCGAGAUAUUUGGUUCUUUGUAGUGCGGUUUCUGCUUCACACCAAUUUCAGCCGGGUGCAAAUGUCAGCCCUGACCUUCCUUGAACUCUUGCUGAAUAAACCCAGCUUCGGCUUGCCUGAUUUCCUUAAUCACUUGGGAGAGAUAGCUAAACUUUUAAGCUGUUUUCAAAUAGGCUGUGAAGCCAAGGAAGUAAAAGAAAAGGCCAGCGCAAUUGUUAUGCAAAUUUUGGAAUCGAACAAGGACCAGGUCGACCUAAGUAUAUUUCUGGAAGAGACCGCAGAUUGCGAUUUUUUAAAACCCCUGCGAGAGGAAUACAAACGCAAUCUACCCAAUGUGGAUAAAACGGAUGUUGCCAACUAUCUGCGCUCAUUUCUGAAAAGUCCCACCGCAGAAAGAUUGCGUGAUCUAAGGGAAUAUAUUGCCGAGCACAAGGACAAAUUGCAAGAAAACGAAAAGUUAUUGUUUAAACUCAUUAACAAGCUCAUUCAAAUGACAAGGGAUUCGCAUAGUAAGCCGAGCAGUCUAGAUGCCCUUAAGUGCCUGGCUCAAAUUGGACCGCUUAAACUAUCCAACAUUUCUUACUAUUUCCAAACUGAUUUCGAUUCGUUUGAGGAGCCAAAGGAUGAACCUAUGGAAGUGUUCUUAAGCGUUGUCUGCGAGGCCUUGGACAAAUCUUUAUUCCAGUUCGAUCCCAAAACCUUUGCAGAGCUUGAUUCAGUAGCUUGUCAGGUGGUUAAUAGUAAGCCUGGAGCAAAUAUUAUUGGUCACUAUAAGAAUCUAAAGAUCUUUGUUGACAAGGCAACAAAAACUAGCUUUCUAAAUUCUGUUAAGCAAAUUCCUCGUAUUGAUUGGUUGUCAAUACUAAAAGCCACGCAAAGCUUAAACUACGAAUCUUGGAUGUGCGCAUUUGUCUCAAAAGUUUUCCAAGCGUGUGGCUGGACAGGAUUCGAUGAUUUGGCUGCCAAGUCCUUUGCCUUCGCCAAGACCUGUCUGCAGCCGUUCAUUAAAUUACUGUUGGAAAAUAAACAGCAACAUUUGGAGAGUCUGUGCCAAAUGUUGGAUUACUUUUUUGAAAGAUUCUCUAGUUCGCAGUCGCAGAACUCUCAGGAGAUCUUCUGUAACAAAAGAGCCAUCAAGAGGUUCCUGCACAUUUGCGAAUGCAUAAGGAUCGUCAAUGAAUGGAGCAUUCCCAUAAAUCUGAGCAACGUAGUUUUGGCUAGCAAUCAUUGUCAGGCCUAUUUCCUUAGCAUUAUGUACCUGGAACUCUGGGCCUGCUCACCGAGCUCCACAGAUCGGGAUAGUCUUUUGGACAACGAAUCGUUUCAAGCCGAUGCAAAAAAAGCAUACGAAUCUAUUGGCUGUAUGGAUGCCAUUCCAGGCUUUGUCAAUCCCAUGCGCUCACGUUUGGAUUUCCUCGGUCAGGGCAGCAGUUUAUCCACCAUUCUGUUGGAGUCUGAUCAUCUGGACAAGGCCAGCGGUCAACUGUGCGUGGACAUAAUGAAAGGAAAUGGUUUGUGGUCGUUUGCCAAACUCCAGCAGCAUCAGAACACUGAGCCAGAUUACGAGAUCUUCUGGCGCCUGGGACAGUGGGAUUCGCUAACAGAUCCGAAGCAGCAGCAAACCCAGUCGAGGGCUAUAACAUCGCUGAAUCUCGAACAAGAGUUCAAGCGGCAUCACUUUGUCGCCCUCAGGAGCAUCGGGCAGCGGGAGGAGGAGAACAGCUUGUCGGCCAUCGAUUUGGCCUACAGCUGUGUGCGCGACAUUUUGAUGGAGAUCAGCGUGGAGUGCCUGCAGAGCGUUUACAAGUACCUAACUUGGCUUUGCUCCCUCCAGCAGGCAGAGGACUUUUGUCAGAUCCAAUUUGGAACCCAACUGGAUCCUACUCAGAUGACCCAACUGUUUGGUAAAUGGCAAACCGAGUUGGAACUCAAGUGCGGCAACUUUUCUUGCAAGGAAUACGUUAUUGCACAUCAGAUUGCUCUGUUCAAAAUGGCGGGAACGAGAGCUGGUCGUCGAAUGCAAGAGUUCUACCAAAAGAAUCCCAUGGACACGUACCUACUGAAGGGAAUUGGCGAGUGCAAAAGCGCUGGCAAGUUAAACCUGGCAGCCAAGUAUAUCGUGACACUGCGAGAGCUACCCAACAUCAGAGAGUCCACAAAGAUCAGCGUUCUGUUGGAAGAUGCCGAGGUGAAUCUGAAGAUGGGCAAUCAACAGAUAGCCAAGGCCAUCCUGGAGUACGUGACCACCAGUAAUGAUUUUGUCUACUGUGUCCAGCGAGUUCCGGCACUGCGAAUGCAGGGCGAGUUUCUCCUCGACUGCAAUGCCGAGACUUUGAAUUGGGUUCAGACCAACAAGUUUGAUAGCUCGCUGAAGCUCAUCGAUGACUUUGUUUUGCACCGCAAGACGUUGAGCGAAAAGUAUAAGGACAUCUUUGAGUGGCAGCAGCUGGAUGCCUUCGUCUGUAAGCAACGGACGGCAGCCUAUGCAGCAAUGGCCAAGUACGCUGAUCGGGAGUACCAGCAGCUGUACGACUACCGGCAUUCGCAGGAAUACCAAACGUUGCAGGACAUCAUCGAACAGAACCGCCAGGCAGCGGAAAAGGUGACCCAGCGUGAGAACCUCGAUCGGCGCGUAAUCUCUGUACAGAUGAAGCGUUACGCCAGUUUGGACGAGCGCCAGCUGAAGCACAUUGAAGAGAAGCUUACGCAGCACCUGUGCCUGGCAAUGCGCAAUCAUAUGGCCUAUUGUCGCCUGGACAGUGGCUUCUCCAGCGCCGCCAUCUAUCGCAUCAUCUCGCUAUGGUUCACCAACGCCACCAAUGAGCCGCUGCAGCAGACCAUCAAGGAUGAGAUCCUCACGGUGCCCAGUUAUAAGUUUAUUUGUGCUGCCAACCAACUGACCGCGCGCCUCAACUCCAAAAACACGAGUCUGCUCAAGGGGCUGAUGGACCUUCUGGUGCAAUGUGGCCAGGAUCAUCCGCAUCACACAUUCUACCAUCUGUAUCCGCUUGUCUUUGCCCACCUGGAUGGCGAGAAUAGCAAUACGGAGCGAUCGGGAGUUGCUCGCAAGAUAAUUGCUAGGAUAUGCGAAAAGAAUACGGCGGCGGCGGAAUGCAGCAAGCAGCUGGAGUCGUUGCUCCCAGCCCUUAUCACAUUUGCCAAUGAGGGCAAAGCGGACAACAAUCAACAGGUCUCGGAUUCCGUUCGCCUGAAGCAGUUUGAGAAGGUGAGGCGCUGGCGGAAUCUCAACGCUGUGCACUGCCCCACCCUCGAGUUGCCCGUGAUGCCCAGCAAGGAGUACGAAAUAACAAGCAUCGUCAAGUGGAGCAACGGCAUAACUCAAUGUGGUGGUCUAAAUGCGCCAGUUAAAAUUAUGUGCGUAUGCUCCGAUGGACAGACUCGGGCGCAACUGGUCAAGGGCAAGGACGAUCUACGGCAGGAUGCCGUGAUGCAGCAGGUAUUCGGAAUUGUCAACGAGCUGCUCAAUCAGGAUUCCGAGUUCAUCGAGCGCAAGCUGAAGCUGCGCACCUACAAGGUCACUCCGCUAUCGAUGCGCAGUGGCAUCCUAGAAUGGUGCACCAAUUCGAUGCCGGUGGGCCAUUAUUUGGUAGUAGAGGGCAAAGGAGGCGCACACGCGCGAUAUCGUCCAAACGAUUGGAACAAUAACAAAUGCCGCAAGUUGUCUGCGGACCAUCUGAAGUUCCCCAAGGAGGCUCGAUAUAACAUAUACAAGAAAAUAUGCGAGAAUAUAAAGCCCGUUUUCCACUACUUUCUGCUGGAGAAGUUCCCCAUUCCGGGUGUGUGGUUCGAGAGGCGUUUGGCGUACACCAAUAGCGUAGCCACCACCUCGAUGGUGGGCUACGUCCUAGGAUUGGGCGACCGGCACACACAGAAUAUUCUUAUAGAUCAGCAGACAGCCGAAGUCAUUCAUAUUGAUUUUGGUAUUGCCUUUGAGCAGGGCAAAAUCCAGACGACUCCAGAAACCGUUCCCUUUCGGCUGACACGCGACUUUGUGGCUCCAAUGGGAAUCUGUGGAACGAAAGGAGUCUUUGCCAAAUCCUGCGAGGCCACCAUGCACAUCCUGCGCCGCUACAAGUCUGUCUUUAUCACCAUUCUUGAGGUUCUGCUCUACGAUCCCCUCUUCAUUUGGGGGGUGCUUAAAAAGAAGCAAUCAAGCCAGGCAUCACAGCAAUCCGGUGAGGAAUCGGUUAAUUUAGUUGCCCAGCGUGCUCUGCUCCUGGUGCAAAACAAACUGGAGGGCCGGGAGGCCGGCACCCUGGGCGACUCAAACGUCGAGGCCCAAGUGGAGAGAUUGAUAAACGAAGCCACGUUACCAAGCAAUCUCUGCAUGCUUUUCCCGGGCUGGGACCCGCAGCUAUAA